ACACAAUAGGCCGAGCCUAUCUUUUCCUGCCCACCUCCCAGUUCCUCUCUCUAUCUCUCUUUCUCUUUCCUUUCUUCUCUCUCCUCGCUUUCUCUUUCUCUCUCCCCAUCACAACCACAAGGAAGUGAAAGAACCCUAGAGGCAGCCGUCCUCUUCAAGAUCUCGCUCGAUCUAUCGACCGCGGGCUCGGGCUGGUUCGGUGCGGAUUUGGGCGCUGUCUCGGACGGUUCCUGGGACCUAGGGUUUGGGGUUGGCGAUUGGAGGGCAAUGGGGGAGAUGGGUUGACCAGAGCCGCAAAAAGAUUCAGUUUUGUUCGUCGAAUUUUGGUUCCUGGAAUUGAAUUCGUUUGUUGGAAUCGACGAGAUGGACGACGACGGUAGCCUUGGCAUCCGGAAUUGGGGCUUCUACGAGACGGUGAAAAGCAAUCUCGGCUUGCAGCUGAUGUCAUCGGUGGCCGCGGACCGGGACACUAAGCCGCUUCUCCCAAACGGCAAUACCUUCUUGCAGCACCAUGGGCAUCACCAUGGCCCGCACCAGCACCACCCACAACACUCGCACCAUCCCCGCGACUGUGGCAGUGUCUCCAGCGGCAUGCCCAACGAGCCGCCUUCUUCUGUACACAUGGACUUUGUGCGCAAUGAAGCUUGGUUGCACCCCUCGCAGAAUCAGCAUCAGCAUCCCCGUCAACAGAAGGUUCUCCAUCACCUCCCUGUUGGGCCAUCUGGGCAUGUUGGUCAUCCUGGACGUGGUGGCCAUGUUGUCCAUCACCACCCUACUGGCUACGGUAUGAUGAUGGAUGCACAUGGAGUGCACACCCUCCAGAUGAUGCAGCCACAGUCUCAGCCGCAGCCGCAGCCGCAGCCGCAGCCGCAACCGCAACCGCAGCCACAGGAUCCUCCUCCAUUGAAGGAGGAGAGCAUGCCCCCGCCACUGAUCGAGGACCAUUCUGUGGUAAAGAUCGAGCCUGUGAAGAAGAGGCAGCAGGGUCGGCAGCCUAAGUCACCAAAGCCAAAGAAGCCUAAGAAGGUUGCUGCUCCGCCAGAGGAUGGGUCUCCCAAUAGGCCUGCGUCCCGAGGGAGGGGGCCAAGGAAGACAGUAGGAAUGGUGAUUAACGGUAUUGAUUUAGACCUUUCAAGGAUACCGACACCUGUGUGUUCAUGCACUGGAGCUCCCCAGCAAUGCUACCGGUGGGGCGCAGGUGGCUGGCAGUCUGCAUGCUGCACAACUUCUAUUUCAACGUAUCCAUUGCCAAUGAGCACGAAGCGCCGGGGCGCACGCAUUGCCGGAAGGAAGAUGAGCCAAGGUGCAUUCAAAAAAGUGCUUGAGAAGCUAGCUGGUGAAGGGUACAACCUUGCUAAUCCAAUUGACUUGAAGACCUUUUGGGCCAAGCACGGCACAAACAAGUUUGUAACGAUCAGGUAAAAUACAAGCUGUGUUUGUCGACUUGUAGGUUCCAAUGUUGCAGCUUUCCCUGGUUUAUUGUCUGUAUGUACUCUAUGUGCCAAUCUGCAGGAGCUUUUAGAAGUAGUUUUGUAGCCAUGCUCAGUUUCGUGGACUUAAUUUACAUGCCCAUCUCAGAGCUUUGGAUACCGACUUUAUGGAAGUCGGUGUGUAUCGGUUCACAAAUUGUAGCAUAACAACAAGAGUCUCUAAUUUAGAUGGCAUGGAAUUUAGUGCAUCCAGUUUUGGCUUUUCUGAAUGUUAAUGGCAUUAUGUGGAGUUUUUUUUU